GUAGGCUGUGAGAAUGGCGAGAAGUUUCGGGCAUGUCAUGGCGAGAUGGUGUAUUAUCCGAGGAUUAAGGCACUCUGCGGUUGCUGCCAAUCCGAGGAAAGCAUCCUCGAUUUUGACGGAAGAUUCUCUCGGGAAACGUGACGAGGAUAAAAGUGGAACGACUGUUUCAACUCCCUUCGGAUCGAUUCGAUUCGACGCCUCACAAAAGUCAACAUCAACCGACCUGAAUCCGAUCGAUGACGAAUAUUUCGGCAGUUACUUCCGACGAGCAGCGACAGAAGAGCAUAUAAAAGAUGAUAAAGAAACUCCUCAUCAACGAAAUAGUGUUGAAACGCGUGAGUCAGGGGGAGGAAGUUCGCAGCAGGAUCUGGCUAUGAACCACGUAGACCAGCAGUAUUUUGGAAAUUAUUUGAACCCGAAUGCAGGUGGAAUGGAGAAAGAUUUCGUUGGGUUGAACAUUUUUGGUGGAGAUUCUUCAAUUAUAACGUUUGCGAGACCGAGUAUCACUGAAGAAGAGGAAGAGAAGCCGCUUGUCCAAGAAAAGAGGAGAAAACCGUCGAAAUCACUGUCAAAGACUCCGUCUAUUCAGUCGAGAGUCUUUGAGGAAAACGAUCAUCCUACCGAAGUUAAUGAAGUCCCCGAACGACAAGACGAUGUGUUCGAUGUGGAAUCUCCACAGACGGCAUUUGACUAUGCCAUGAAAUUACGCCGAGAAGAAAAACUGAAGGAUGGAAAUGUAUCGCAUAACAGCAAGGAUUCCUUCAAUUUUGGACUGAAUUUCAACAGGAUGACCAGGGACGAGAUUUACACGAUCGUCAAGUCAUCCGUAAUAUACAAUGAAAACGAUAUCGUCGCUCUGAACAAGCCCUUCGGCAUGAGUUGCCAAGGUGGAUCGCCGAAUGAUCUCACUUUCAUAUCGAAACAUUUGGACAGACUCGCUCGUGACAUGGGCGCGAAAGAUGUUCUUCUUCCGAUACAUAGAUUGGACAAGGAUUGCACGGGAGUUCUGGUCUAUGCCAAGACAGAGCUCAUGGCCAACUUAUUGAGAGCUUGUUUUAGUCAGAGGAAAGUGGUCAAGAUCUACUGGGCUAUCCUGAAGGGAACCCCUGAUCCAAACGAAGGCAUUAUCGAUAUCCCGAUUGCGGAAGGGCGGUUGGGCGACCGAAGAAGAAUGGUUUUGCGACCAGAAGCCAUUUCGAGCGGUGGCAGUAAAGCAAGGACUUAUUACAAGGUGAUAUCAACCCGUGGAAGUGCGUGUUUGGUUGAACUGCGCCCCGAAACUGGACUCAAGCACCAGCUCCGAGUGCACACUGCCUUCGGAUUGUCUUGCGGUAUUCUGGGUGACCACAAGUAUUCGCAUCGCGACAAGUUCGCUCCUCAGAAAUUGAGCGGAGACAUUCUCAGUGCUCUCAAAAUCCGGUCCCAAGAUGCGCGGGAUGUUCCGCUUCAUUUACACGCGAAGGCCCUGGUUUUUCCCGAAUUGCUGAGUAACAAAACCAAGAACCUGUUUAUUCGCGCGGAAGUUCCCAAGGGCUUUCGGAAAACUCUACGGAAAUUGCGUCUCAGUUCUGGUGCUAAUUAGUAAUGAAUUUUUUUUUGCGUAGAAAGCGAUUUUGAGAACAGUUCAGUCGUUUUUUUUAUGGUUCCCGGAGGUUUUCUAUUUUUCCGAACGAUGUUGAUUGGUUUUUUGGUUUUCGCAGGAAGUUCGCUUGUUUUUGUAUUCAACGUGGAAUCCGUGUGAAGUGCCUAAAAUGAUCGUUCGCGGAAUAAGCGGAAUUCAUUGGGUUGCCUUUCGUCAAUUGUUCUAAAUCGCAGUUGUUUUAAAGCUAUUGUAUCUUAUUCACGAUUUUGAACUGUUCCGUUUUUGCAAAACGGGAUUAUAACCUAAAUCGUGUAAAACCUAAUCUCAAAUUACUAUAUGUCUUUACUGUGAAUGCAGUGGUACGAUGAUUCAAAAGCGAAAAGAAAUUCAAAAUAAUGUGUCACCUGUUCAUUUAAUGUACAGUGAAUGAUGUCCGAAAGGUUUUUCUGCAGCGAGAACUUCCUGCAGGAAAUUCGUGGAAUGCCUUUCUAAGUUGUCUGUUAACCCUUGGACGGUGGCAGCCUCCUUUCCAUCCCAGGGCAAAGUCAGACUUUUUCCCCAUGGGCCUGCAUUAUAUUUUUGCACAAGGUUAUGCAACCCCUGCCAGGUGGGGGAGGGCAAAGUCGGAUUUUAUCCGGGGAUAAAGAAAUGCUGGGAAAGUCCUGAGUCGGACUUUUUCCGUAUUGACCUCUAACCUGGGCUCCUGGCUUUCAAGCUUAAAUUUAAUCUUUCAAUGGG